UCAACGCAGGCUCACAAAUUCUGUUUCCUAGCAGAAACGAUCGACAGAGCACGAGGAGCGUGCGCGUAGUGUCGUGCUGCUAGGAAGGACGAAUCUGCGUUACCUUCGUGUGUCACGUCGAGCGUGUAAUAGACGAACAAAUCAUCGGGAACAAGACUGCAUUUAGCUCAAGUGACAAGUCCUACGUGUUUACGCAAUUAAGACGCUACCAUGACGGAAAUAAAUACCUUAAAAUGGAUUGACUACCUCGUUAUAGCAAUUAUGCUGGGUAUAAGCGUAGGAAUUGGUAUUUAUUACAAAUUCAGCGGAGGUCGUCAGAAAACCAUGGAGGUACACCCCGUUAUUAUAAUUUCUUCUUCUUACUUGGCACUACAAAAAGUCCUCUGUUGGGGGGCCCUACUUUCUCUCUCUUUACAUAUGCAUGUGGUGCGUGCACAGAUUGUACCACCUAUGCAUAUGGGGACCUACACAAGUAUUUACGCCGGUUCGGAACGGUUAGUUGGAGAGAAGUUUUCGUGGCAUGGGAAAUACUCUUGGUGUGGUUUGUCAGCCAAGACCAUCGAAGAGGAGCGACGGAGCGAAUAUUUCGUCGCGAAUCGAUCAAUGAACAUUAUACCAGUUGCUGUUGCUUUAGUGGUAUCUUUCAUGUCUGCCAUAACAUUGCUCGGCGUGUCCGCGGAAAAUUACAUAUACGGGACGCAGUUUGUCGUAAUAAACGUUUCGUACCUGUUGGGCACACCGAUCGUAUGCUACGGAUUCCUACCAGUAUUCUUCAAAUUGCAGGCGACCAGUGCCUACGAGUACUUAGAAAAGCGUUUCGGAGUAAGAACUAGGAUGAUGGCUAGUUUUGUUUACUGGGUUCAACUGCUUUUGUACUCAGGAGUGGUGCUUUAUGCUCCUUCUUUAGCUUUGGAAGCGACAACCGGAAUACCUAAGGUCCCCAGUAUCAUUAUUAUCGGUUUCAUCUGUGCCUUUUAUUCGAGUAUAGGCGGUAUUAAGGCUGUACUGAUAACCGAUGUGUUUCAAGCCUUACUUAUGUUCGUCGCUGUAUUCGUUAUUAUCGCCAUAGCUGCGAGAGACGCAGGGGGCUUGAAGCAAAUAUGGGAGAUUGCGUAUCAAGGACAGCGAAUCGAGUUUGAUAGCGUGUCUUUGGAUCCAACAGUUCGACAUACCUGGUGGUCCCUCAUUAUCGGUGGUUUGUGUACUUUCUUGUCAAUUUAUGGUGUAAACCAAGUGCAAAUACAACGUUCGUUGACCGUGAAAAACAUAAAGGCUUCGCAGAGAGCUUUAUGGUUAUCUUGGCCUAUUCUAACAGUCCUGUCAAUCACAACUUGCUUCUCAGGACUGGCGAUAUAUAGUAAAUACCACGAUUGCGAUCCAUCUCUACUGAAAAGAAUUACUACGCCAGAUAUGCUUAUGCCUCUAUAUGUUAUGGACACGAUGUCGGAUAUGCCUGGCUUGCCAGGUCUCUUCAUUUCAGGUAUUUUUAGCGCUGGCCUCAGCACGAUCUCGGCGGCUUUGAAUUCUCUAGCAGCGGUAACGUUAGAGGAUUACGUGAAACCUGUGUUCAAAAAGUAUACCGAUCGCGAACUCUCCGCCAAGAGAUCAACCACCGUCGCUAAACUGCUCGCUUUUAUGUUCGGCAUUCUUUCCAUUGCUCUGGCGUUUUUAGCGCAACUACUAGGUGGAGUUCUUCAAGCUGGUCUGACUAUUUUCGGAGUGGUCGGUGGACCGUUAUUAGGCGUCUUCACGCUUGGCAUGGGCACGGAAUCGGCGAGAGAAGGUGGUGCUCUUGCCGGUAGUCUAACUUCGCUCGCGCUCCUAUUCUGGACAGCUUUCGGACAACCACGUCCUAUACCUCCUUCAUUACCGAAAAGCGUCGAAGGCUGUAUCACGAGUGAGUUCGUAAAUGCGACUAUUUUAGGAAACAUCACAUCAAUGGCAGGACUCUCUGAAAAUACCGACGACAGCUCGUACUUCUAUCUAUACCGCAUUUCGUAUAUGUGGUACUGUCCCUUAGGAUUCGUAUUAACGUUCGUAUUGGGCUUGAUCGUCAGCAACCUGAUUCACUUAUUCAAGAAGGACCAAAAAGACGACUUAGAUCCUGACUUAUUCUUUCCUAUCGUAGCGAGACGUAUACGUUACAGACAGCGUACCGACAUAGCAUUCAACGAUAUAACGAAUCAAGUGCUGAAAAGGAAGAAUUCUCUCAGCAACGGAAAUUGCGAGGACGACGACAAUUUCGGUCAAGUUGGCGUCAAAGUUUAACGGUUUCUUCCUUUAUUUUUAGGUAAUAGAUAUUAGACAUUCCGUACUUAUAAGCGGAAUUUAACUCCAUUUAUAAUAGUAUUACGUAAGUCAAAAAGUUCGACUUGAUUGUUAAUAGACAAUAUCAUGCAUUAAUAUAGAUAAUGUGUGUGUGUUGAUGCGUAAUAUAGGUAAUGUGUGUUGAUGAGUAUUAUAAGUUUUUUUAUAUCUUGAUCGAUGGAUAAGUAACUCGUAUUUCCAUCGAAUAUAAUGAACUCAAAUUUGGCUAAAAUCGACCCGAACUUUUUGCCUAAUUCAAUAUUUUACUAGGGUAAAAAAUUGUAGGAAAAAAAACAUAUUAUUACUAUUUCAUGGGACCUGAAUGAGGUGAAGUAGUGGAUAAUAUUUGGUAAAAGACUUUUAGCGAAUUUUUUUAUUUACAAUUUUAGGAUAUAGACAAUUCACCGGAUUUGUGUACACAAUUUUUCGCGUAAUUGUACAAUUAGUUUAAACUAUUUUCGAUAAACUUAUGACAAUUUAGCAGUUUCAUUACAAACGUCUUCCACGCUGCGCUCGCACUGCCACUUUGUAUUGUCGAUGAUUGAUACUUUGUGCGAAAUGUGGUUAGCGUUCAUGAUGAAACGUGUGUAUUUUUGGCACAAAUUUCACAACGAGACAUAUCUAAACAUGCGUAGUAUUUUACCGAUGACUUUGCUUUGUGUAGAAUAUAACACUCAUAGCUGUGUACUUGAAGGAAAUCUACCUCUUAUCGAAUUUGGACAAUAGUUAGGGUUAUAAGAUGGUGGAAAACUAGAUUUUAAACGUAUAAUUUUAUAUUACCCAGUAACGGCUAUAAUAUCUGACUUUACAGAGAAAGAGAUUGAAAUACGUCAUGCAAUUCUCUGUAAAUGAAACUGUUUUCACAUAUUUGAACUGGCAGGGAUUAUAUUUACUCGAAGAUGACCUUAUUAGAAACUUGACUUAUUUUCACAAAAUAAUUUAAUGAUACGACGCGCCUACCGUGUGAAACUUGUUGCUAUUAUCUGCAUUUAAGAGCUCGAAUGUAUUAUUAUGAUCUUGUGAAAAAGAUGGAGGACGAGACACUCUUUAUUUACAAGAAUUUGUCUUACAAGUUCCUACAAAACUUUGUACUGCGUGGUAUCGCCGGGACUAUAAAUAUUUAAAACCAAAUUUUCAUAGGAAUAAAUAACAACGAUACCAUAGUUGGUACUUAAAGAACAUAUGUACAAAAAUAUGUUCAUUUAUAUACACAUGCGGUUUCUUUAGCGCGAAUGCAGCAUCGGUUGAAUAAAUAACCCUUGUUAUAUAAAACAAAGUCGUUUUAUCGUUAUUCCACACGGCGUACUUGACGGUGGAUUAUAGAUGCGCAUUAUUUCAUAAUAACAGUAAUCCAUGUUUCGUUGAAACGCGAACAGGUUGCGAUAUCAUCGUUACAACGUAGUCAGCAAGAAACGACACGUGAUUAGCUGCGGGUAUAAUCUUGAAAUUACGGCGGAAACUUACACGAUGAUUUCAACAACGCUCGGCUACGAAUUUCUUCUUCGGAUUGUCGUAAGCUUGCGUUUGGAACUUUCCCUUGCUCUCUAAAAAUGCCAAGGAACUUCGAAAAUAGUAGUUAUUCCUACAUAUUUCGGUAUAUUCUCAUCUCAUUAUAUAAUCCAUAGUUGCAAGACACUCGACUCCCGGCAUGCUCGAUGA